ACAUAUCCACUGCCAGCCAAGUUGCCAUGAAGAAAAAGAAUCCAAGAAACAAGGAGAGGCACGCCAAUGGCAAAAGGGAGCACCUCGUCUUUAAAUCGCCAGCAACUACAUAGAAAUGUUCCCCUGAGGCAUCAUACUUCAGCAAUUUCUAUAGCUGGGUUUCGAUAUGGGCGAAGCUGUAGUCGAUGACGAAGAACUCUCUGAUUUGGACUCCGACUACGACGAUGAUGUCGAUCAUGCGGAAGAUGCAAACAUGAGUAAGACUGGACCUCUGUAUGAGCUAUCUACUCUAAUGGAGCAACUGCCUAUCAAGAGAGGGCUCUCAAAAUACUACCAGGGGAAGUCACAAUCCUACACGUCCCUCUCGGUGGUCCGGGGCAUAGAGGACUUGCCAAAGAAGGAGAGCUCUUACAAGAGAAAGAUGGCGAAGGCAAGCGAGAGCUACAAGGGAGUGGAUGCAAGCCAGAAGAAGGCUACUGGUCAUGCUCUUGCAGUUGGGAAGGUUCCAAGGGUUGUUUCUUGUGCUUCUUUGGCCACACCGAGCGACAACAAGAAAACCACCUCUUGUUCCCGCACAGAAAAAUUCAUGUAAUUCUCAUUGAUUGUUUUUUUUUUAAAAUAUAUAUCGUUUCUAGAUAAGGGGGAAAAAAUCGAGUUGUGUGUUUUUUAUGUGUUUUGAUGCGUUACUAAUAAUACGAUUUAAGUUAGUUGUUGUUUGUGUUUCUAA